AUGGAACUUCUGCUGAUCUUUGCCCUUUCCUGCGUUGGAGGUUCAACAGGGUUCCAGACCGGCAAGGAGUACGUCUACAGCUACUCGGGCAAGGUCCAGAUACGGAAUCCAGAACAACUCGUUCAUUCCAACGGCGUGGCAUUCCGCAGCAAGGUCACUGUUCAGCCCCGGGCGGACCGCACUGUGUUCAAGUUUUCAGACGUUGAAGCAGAUCUUUUCCACGGGGACCCGAGUGAGCUUGCCACCCAUGCCUUCCACUAUCAGCGACACGAGAGCCUCUCUCAGCAGCUGGAACGCCCAUUCGCUGGGACCUUCAACGAGGGCAAGGUUGAACAUUAUGAACUAGGCAAGCAUGAACCGACUUGGUCCCACAACAUCAAGAAGGGUGUGCUCAGUUUGUUUCAACUGGAUCUCGCACAAACCAGGCACAUAACACGCGACAGCAGCAACUACAAAGUUAAGGAGGAUGGACUCAAUGGCAACUGUGAAACCUUGUACGUCGUUGCUGAAGAGGGCGGCCAUGUGGACGUUACCAAGAUAAAGGACCUCGAACGGUGUGGACAACUGGCGCACGCAUUCUACGGCAGAGUCAAGGGUUACAGCUGCGUGAACUGCAAAGCUCAGCAAACAGUACCUCUUUCGGUGUCGUCUGACACAAAGUAUAAACUCAGCGGCACGCGAGACGAGUACGUGAUCCAGGAGGCAGCUGGAGCCUCCGACCAGGUCUUCGCACCUUACGGAGACGGAAAGUCGUUCCAAAUUCAUGUCGACCAAGCUCUUCACUUGCUAGAAGAACGGGACGCAGCCGAGGACGUCCAGCUUCCGGAAGUGGACGUCCAUCAGCAGCUGUCCCACACCUUUCCCACUUCCGGUGGGGUGCACACCCACGAAGACCUCCAGCAGCUGAAUCGCUACGUGAGAGACUUUGGGCUGCGCGCGACUCGAGAACACUUUGUCGCAGGCAUGAACUCGCUGGCAAAGCUUGAAUUCACGGAAGAAGAUUACAAGGACAUCCCCGCUAAGGAAAGCCCAGGCUUGCAGUUCCUUCUGCUGUUCUUAGACAUUGUGACUUUUACGUACGACGAUCUUUCAGAAGUCUACAAUCAACAUGUGCUCAACGCGCCCGAAGACACCAGGACCAACGUUCGGCACCUGUUCAUGGACCUGUUGGUGGCAGCAGGAAACAACCCCCACGUUGCCUUUGGUCUGAGGCUCGUCAAAGCUGGACAACUUUCUGUGUCAGAGGCCCAAAGCUACCUCUCCAGACUUCCGUCAAACUUGAAAGAACACAGCGUGGCUGUGCUCAACGAGAUCGCGGAAGUCUGCCAGUCCGACUUUGUGAAAGCGAACGGAGCCCUGAAGUCCGCUUGCGUCCUCUCCCUCAGCGCGUUGGCUGGAGGUGAGAAGUGCGUCCACGCCAGGACUCUCCAAGAUGAAGAUGAUGGUCUUUGCUCACCAGACAUCGUCCGCCACUUCUUCAACUAUUCCAUGAGGCCCGAAGACAUCAAAGAUGGGCCCGAGGCGCACGUCACGAUGUAUCUCGUGGCGGCUGGCAACCUUGCCACCAGGAGCGCGUGCCGCUACCUGCAGAGGUUCAUCGACCCCAAGACCAACCAGGCCACGCCCCGGAGGGCUGCCGCCUUCUGGUCCCUCACGCGAGCUGCCCCCAAGAACCCAGAGCUGGCUCGCUUGAUCGCCCUCCCUGUGUACGAGAACGUGAGCGAGCCCCACGUGAUACGGGUGGCCGCUUUCGCGACGAUCCUGGUAACAAACCCUGACCUGUACCUAUUACGUCACAUCGCCAAGAACAUCAUUAGCGAUCCAAGCGACCAACUGGCCUCUUUCGUUACAUCCGCCUUCAGGACUUUCCGGAAGGCCAACUUCCCAUGCAACGCUGAAAUGGCCCAGAAGCUGCGCUAUGUGGUACCCCUAUGGGACAAUGUCAAGCGGUUUGCCAUGGAACCAGACAUCACCAAGUCGAGUGUGCGCGUAUCGGCUGCCUACGAUCCCAAAUACGACAUGGGCAGCAUGUCUCUUCUCUCCGUGAUUCGAUCGGAAGACAGUCUUCUGCCCAACUCAGUCUACCUCGAUGCCAAGCACUACAUCGCGGGCUACGCCUACGACACCUUCGCACUGAGCUACGAAGGAUGGGGCGUCGAUAAACUCCUCAACGCUCUCGUGGGACCCCAACCCGGAUCGACCAGGAAUCUCUGGAACGUCCUCAGCAGGCGCCGCUUCACGAGGGACACGUCCACCCAGGAACGCAAGAAUAUCGAAGACGCCCUUCCCAUUGCGGACCGGAACUACGACCCUCUGUAUGGUCGCCUCUCGCUGUCACUCUUUGGAAACGCUGUCAACAUCCUGGAGUUCGACGAGUCCCUCCUGGCUUCCUUGCAGGGCCAUGCCGACCCGGCCGAAACGAUCCGAAAGCUGUUUGGACGCGAAGUGCACUUCAAGAACUUCUUCUUGAGCGACGAUUUGAUCCUCUUGGUUACCACCGAGUUGGGUUUCCCUGUCUUCUUCGACUUCAAGCAGGCGGAUUUCUUGUACGGGAACCGACAGGCGGCAAAUUUCGGCGAAGCUCCCGGCGGCAAACCUUUCCUCAACUACAGGAGACAUUACCUCUACGAAAGCCGGUCGUACAAAGCAGUCGGCAUCGCCCUCACCUUCAACCAGACCUCCGUGGGCACCGGUUACGACUCUCGGCUCUCGGUGUCGCUGCCCCUGCACCUGGAAGUCACCCUCGACCCUGCCAACAGCAGGCUGAGCCUGAAGCGUCCGCUGUCUCUACCGCUGGACGUCCUCAACUACCACUCCCUGCCCUACAGCUUCGUCAAGCCCUACAACCGGGAAGAUGUGGCGGCUGGCAACGCUGCAGCGCCUACCCUUCCUGGCGAACCCCUGUACAGCGAACAAGAGCUCGCUCCUUUCGACAGGAACUACGUGAGUGACUUCCUGGGUUACGGGUUCAACGCUCGGGGUCAACUCCUCAAGAGGGACCUCAAACGAAACCUGCACGAGCUGUGGCACGAAAUGGACUGGAGGCAAAAGUUACAUUACCUCAUCGUCAAUCCAAAGUGGAGUCCCAGAAGCCUGCGCCUUAGGCUCGUGCCAGCGGAGCAGGACGCCGCAAAAUCGGUGGAGUUUGCGUUAGAAUACAGGUUCCUCAACGCAUCGGACAAUGAUGCGCUCGCGAAGCAAAAGCCUUUCGGCCACAAGUUGAGUCUGGGCAUCAGCGUCAGCGGCGAGAACAGGACUCGAGGUGUGACCGCCGGGUUGAGGUACUCCUUCAGCCGGGACCUGCUGAAACACCAGGCGUCUUUGGCGUAUGAAAGAGAGGCAUUCGGGGAGACGGAAACAGCCCCAAUCAAGGUCUGCGCAGACGCAACAGCAGCCUUCCCUAAGUCUGACUGGAACAGCCUACCAGAAACGGCCACCUACUACCAAGGAAAGGAGAUAAACGUGACGGCUUCAAUCUACUAUGGCCACGAUUGCCAAAGCUCUCCUCUCGUGGUAGCCACCGGCAAGUUCACCCACACGGACGAAGACGCGGAGCAGAUAGCGGCCAAUGCCAUCGGCGUGACGAGCGACGUUAAGCGGCUGCAAUCGCAGACACUUCGUCAGCUCUACUACAAGUGCGCACGUGACAAGGAGCAUGGUGUGGCCUUCGGCUACUUCUGUAUCAAGUACCUCUUCUACAGCAGUCGGCUGGGGAAACUGACUCUGGACGUGGAUUACAACUACGGAAAUUCGCCCCUCACAGGACUAAGCUUGAAGCGCUACUACCACAAGUACCACCAGCACAACAAGGGACAUAUGGGCUUCCUGGGAAUCGUCGGGUCGCACAUGACCGGCGUGUCCGGAAAGCUGCACGUGGUUUCGCAAGUACCCGGCUCCCACGGGCUUCCGCACGCCGACGUCGUGGUCACGACCCCUAACGGACACGAGUUUCAUCACGACCACGUCCCCAUGUUCAGCCACCUGCUGGAGCCCAAGAUUUUCAACGCAUUCGGCUAUUCCAACCUGGUCAACUAUGUGCCGUACUACAAGCACAAGUUCUGCGAUCUCCAGGGCAACAGCGCCAAGACAUUCGACGGCGUGGUUGUGAAUCUUCCAAACACGAACUGUUUCAAGGUUAUUGCCAGAGAUUGCUCGCCAAGCAAGAGGUUUCUUAUUCUCGCACGAACACAUCAGAACGCAGCUUAUCCAAAGGCGUUGAAGAUGUUCGUCGACCAGACUAAAAUAGAGGUUUUGUCCUUGGAGGAAGACACAUUGCCCAUAGUACGAGUUGAUGGAUCACAAGUGGCGCCAUCUCUCGACUCACCCUACAGUCACUCCGUCGCCGAUGCGGAGUUGUUUACAAUCUCACUGAUGAGCAACAAAAACUUUGAAAUCGUGUCCAAACCCUACGGCAUCUAUGUCCUCUUCGACGGCAGGAUUCUUUACGUCCAGGUUGCUCAUUUCUACAGAGGCAAGCUUUGUGGGAUUUGCGGAGACUACAACUACGACCGACACCACGAGCUUGUGGGACCUAAUCUUCACCUGUACAACGAUAGCUUACAAUUUGCCGCAAGUUACGUGGUUCAUUCCAGCGACUGCACUUCACCUCAGUAGUGCGUGCUGUCAUGUGGAUGCACAAAAUGCGAACGCUACUCAUUACAUACCCGCCCACUCAUGUUCGCACAAUUCAAAUACAUCGGAUUGGUUCACUGUGUAUUUAGCCGGCAAUCGUAAAUGGACCGCCCGUUUUCAAUAAAAAAGAUAACAGUUGAA